GCUGCUGCCAGCACCGCGGCUCCCUCGAACCCGCGGGUGCAGCUGCCGCGGGUGAGACGCCUGGGGGCGACGAUCCAAGCGGCGGGGCUCCCCUAGAACCAUGCUGGACCCGUCUUCCAGCGAAGAGGAGUCGGACGAAGGGCUGGAAGAGGAGAGCCGCGAUGUGCUGGUGGCGGCYGGCGGCUCUCAGCGAGCGCCGCCGGCCCCGGCUCGGGAAGGGCGGCGGGACGCGCCGGGGCGCUCGGGCAGCGGCGGCGCAGCCAGACCCGUAAGCCCGAGCCCCUCUGUGCUCAGCGAGGGGCGAGACGAGCCCGAAAGACAGUUGGACGAAGAGCAGGAGCGCAGGAUCCGCCUGCAGCUCUAUGUCUUCGUGGUGAGGUGCAUCGCUUACCCCUUCAACGCUAAGCAGCCCACUGACAUGGCCCGGAGGCAGCAGAAGCUUAACAAACAACAACUACAGUUACUAAAAGAACGGUUCCAGGCCUUCCUCAAUGGGGAAACCCAAAUUGUAGCUGAUGAAGCAUUUUGCAAUGCAGUUCGGAGUUACUAUGAGGUUUUUCUAAAGAGUGACCGAGUGGCCAGAAUGGUUCAGAGUGGAGGGUGUUCUGCUAAUGACUUCAGAGAGGUGUUUAAGAAAAACAUAGAAAAACGUGUGCGCAGUUUACCAGAAAUAGACGGUUUGAGCAAAGAGACAGUGCUGAGCUCCUGGAUAGCCAAAUAUGAUGCCAUCUACAGGGGAGAAGAGGACUCCUGCAAACAGCCAAACCGUAUGACCCUCAGCACCGUGUCUGAACUUAUUCUGAGCAAAGAACAACUCUACGAAAUGUUCCAGCAGAUUCUAGGUAUUAAAAAGCUAGAACACCAGCUUCUUUAUAAUGCUUGUCAGCUGGAUAAUGCAGAUGAACAAGCAGCCCAGAUCAGAAGGGAACUCGAUGGUCGACUGCAAUUGGCAGAGAAAAUGGCAAAGGAAAGAAGAUUCCCCAAAUUUAUAGCAAAAGAAAUGGAGAAUAUGUACAUAGAAGAGUUACGAUCUUCAGUGAAUUUGCUAAUGGCCAAUUUGGAAAGCCUUCCAGUUUCAAAAGGUGGCCCAGAAUUCAAAUUACAGAAAUUAAAACGUUCACAGAAUUCUGCAUUUUUGGACCUAGGAGAUGAAAAUGAGAUUCAGUUGUCAAAGUCUGAUGUGGUACUGUCAUUCACCUUAGAGAUUGUCAUAAUGGAAGUGCAAGGUUUGAAAUCAGUUGCUCCAAAUCGAAUUGUUUACUGCACAAUGGAGGUGGAAGGAGGAGAAAAACUGCAGACAGACCAGGCAGAAGCCUCAAGGCCACAAUGGGGAACUCAAGGAGAUUUCACCACUACCCAUCCUCGGCCUGUGGUCAAAGUAAAACUCUUCACAGAAAGCACUGGGGUCCUAGCCCUUGAAGAUAAGGAACUGGGCAGGGUGAUAUUAUACCCAACUUCUAAUAGCUCCAAGUCAGCUGAACUACACCGCAUGAUAGUUCCAAAAAAUAGUCAGGACUAUGACUUAAAAAUCAAACUGGCAGUGCGAAUGGAAAAACCACCACACAUGAAGCAUAGUGGAUAUCUGUAUGCCCUUGGACAGAAGGUUUGGAAAAGAUGGAAAAAACGUUACUUUGUCCUUGUUCAGGUUAGCCAGUAUACCUUUGCAAUGUGCAGUUACAGAGAAAAGAAAUCUGAACCACAAGAACUGAUGCAGCUUGAAGGAUACACUGUGGAUUACACAGAUCCUCACCCAGGCCUACAGGGUGGUCGGAUGUUUUUCAAUGCUGUUAAAGAAGGAGAUACUGUAAUAUUUGCCAGCGAUGAUGAACAAGAUAGAAUAUUAUGGGUUCAAGCCAUGUAUAGGGCCACAGGUCAAUCAUAUAAACCUGUUCCUGCAAUCCAGGCCCAGAAGCUGAAUCCUAAAGGAGGAACUCUCCAUGCAGAUGCUCAGCUUUAUGCAGACCGUUUUCAGAAACAUGGUAUGGAUGAGUUUAUUUCUGCUAAUCCAUGCAAGCUUGACCACGCCUUCCUUUUUAGAAUACUCCAGAGACAGACCUUGGAUCACAGACUGAAUGAUUCCUAUUCUUGCUUGGGUUGGUUUAGCCCUGGCCAGGUCUUUGUGUUAGAUGAGUACUGUGCCCGUUAUGGUGUGAGAGGCUGUCACAGACAUCUCUGCUACCUUACAGAACUGAUGGAACAUUCAGAAAACGGUGCUGUCAUUGACCCAACCCUGCUCCAUUACAGCUUUGCAUUCUGUGCCUCUCAUGUGCAUGGCAACAGGCCUGAUGGAAUUGGAACAGUUUCAGUAGAAGAAAAGGAGAAAUUUGAGGAAAUAAAAGAGAGACUCUCUUCCCUUUUAGAAAAUCAGAUAAGCCAUUUCAGAUAUUGCUUUCCCUUUGGACGACCUGAAGGUGCUCUAAAAGCUACACUCUCAUUACUUGAAAGGGUUUUAAUGAAAGAUAUUGCCACUCCCAUACCGGCAGAAGAGGUGAAGAAAGUGGUCAGAAAAUGCCUCGAGAAAGCUGCCUUGAUCAAUUACACUAGACUCACAGAAUAUGCCAAAAUAGAAGGCCUGGCAGAAAAGGAAACAGAGACCAUGAACCAGGCAACUCCUGCUAGGAAGCUGGAAGAGGUUCUUCAUCUAGCAGAGCUCUGCAUAGAAGUCUUACAGCAGAAUGAAGAGCAUCAUGCGGAGGCAUUUGCCUGGUGGCCUGAUUUAUUGGCUGAGCAUGCAGAGAAAUUUUGGGCUUUAUUCACAGUAGAUAUGGAUACCGCACUGGAGGCUCAACCACAAGAUUCCUGGGAUAGUUUUCCUCUUUUUCAACUGCUUAAUAAUUUCCUCAGAAAUGACACACUUUUAUGUAAUGGAAAAUUUCACAAACACUUGCAAGAGAUCUUUGUGCCUUUGGUUGUCCGCUACGUGGAUCUCAUGGAGUCCUCCAUCGCCCAAUCAAUUCACAGAGGUUUUGAGCAAGAGACAUGGCAGCCUGUCAAGAAUAUCGCCAACAGUCUUCCCAAUGUAGCUCUUCCAAAAGUUCCAAGUCUGCCUCUUAAUCUUCCACAGAUUCCUAGCCUUUCUACUCCUUCGUGGAUGGCUUCUUUAUAUGAGUCCACCAAUGGCUCAGCAACAUCAGAAGACCUUUUUUGGAAACUUGAUGCACUGCAAAUGUUUGUCUUUGAUCUACACUGGCCAGAACAAGAAUUUGCCCACCAUUUAGAGCAAAGACUUAAACUAAUGGCCAGUGAUAUGAUAGAGGCCUGUGUCAAAAGAACAAGAGCUGCAUUUGAACUCAAGCUACAAAAGGCAAGCAAAACAACUGACUUGCGCAUUCCAGCCUCUGUGUGCACAAUGUUCAAUGUAUUAGUCGAUGCCAAAAAACAAAGCACCAAACUCUGUGCCCUGGAUGGAGGACAAGAGGUUGGUAGUCAAUGGCAACAGUACCAUUCAAAAAUAGAUGAUUUGAUUGACAACACUGUAAAAGAAAUCAUUUCACUGCUAGUUUCAAAGUUUGUUUCAGUGUUGGAAGGAGUGUUGUCUAAGCUGUCAAGGUAUGAUGAAGGCACUUUCUUUUCAUCCAUUCUGUCUUUCACUGUGAAAGCAGCUGCAAAAUAUGUUGAUGUGCCUAAACCAGGAAUGGAUCUGGCAGACACCUAUAUUAUGUUUGUUCGGCAAAACCAGGAUAUUCUUCGAGAAAAGGUCAAUGAAGAAAUGUACAUAGAAAAGUUAUUUGAUCAAUGGUACAGCAAUUCCAUGAAAGUCAUUUGCGUCUGGUUGGCUGAUAGAUUAGACCUACAGCUUCAUAUUUACCAACUGAAGACGCUCAUCAAGAUUGUGAAGAAAACUUACAGGGACUUCCGACUACAGGGUGUGUUGGAAGGAACACUGAACAGUAAGACAUAUGAGACCCUGCACAGAAGGCUAACAGUUGAGGAGGCCACCGCCUCUGUUUCAGAAGGUGGAGGACUUCAGGGCAUUACCAUGAAAGACAGUGAUGAAGAAGAAGAGGGCUGAAGACACACAGCUCUGGAGAAAGGAAGACCUGGACUACUCGGUUUUUGUUCUGGGGCUUUUUUGUUUGUUUGUUUGUUUGUUUGUUAGUGCUUUUUUUUUUAAACUUGUCCUUGUAAUUACAUUUAAUGUCUUGACCAAAUAAAACUUCUUGUAUGUCUGUAAGAAGUAAACCUGGAGGUUGAGUUAAAGGGGAAAAUGCCAAGUAUAUUUUUGAAGAAGAUCCUUCGUGGUGGUAUAGCUUGACCUAGAAUUAUUUGUUUGUGAUUGGAACAUGAACUUUUUUUUUUUUAAUUAGCAAAUUCGACCUCUUUUUUUUUCCCAUCAAAGUAAUCUCCUGUGUGUAAAGAGAUAUGUAUUUCCCAUGAUACAACAUUGUGAGAAGCUACUUCUGAUCACUGCACCAACCCUAUUGUACCUUUGUUAAAAUGAUGUAUACCUUACAAUUUAUAAUUUAUGCACAAAGAUUGUUUUGUAGUUAAUUUACCAGUGUUGUGGUGUGUAUAAAAGCUUUGACCUUGGUUUUCAUUACUCUAAAUUGGUCUGCAAGUGUUGUCCUGGGCUUAAAGGACUGCCAGCUCCAAACAUAGACUAGAUUAUACACAAUGGCUUGUGUCUUGUUCCAUUCUGAACAAUUUCUUUCAAGUGUAAGAAAUUUCAAGGUGUGCUUCCAUCAACAUACCAUACUCCCCUACUUCGAAAUAUAACAGCUUGCAGGCAAUAAAAAUUCAUUUGGUCAUAACAACUUCUGUAUUUAUUAGACUUGUAUAGAUUAAAUGCAGUAAAAUAUGUUUGCAGUAUUUCAAACCUCCCAAAUCUCUGGCUUUAUAUCUUUGGUUUUUGUGGUAUUUGUUUCGUUUUGUUUGUUUUCAAUUAAAUAAGCACUUUAUUUUGUACCUAGUAGGUGCACAGAUUUGAUAAAAUGAUUAUUAUGACAGUUUAUAGCCAUAGCA